CAUGGUCAGAGCACUGUACCCUCCGUGCUCCAGGAGGUGGAUGUGGAGGUGAUCUCCAACGAUCGCUGUCAGCGCUGGUUCCGUGCGGCGGGCCGCCGAGAGGCCAUCAAUGAUGUGUUCCUGUGCGCCGGCUACAAGGAAGGCGGUCGAGACUCAUGCCAAGGCGACAGCGGCGGGCCGCUUACCCUGACCAUGGACGGUCGCAAGACGCUGAUCGGUCUCGUGUCCUGGGGCAUUGGAUGCGGGCGGGAGCACUUACCCGGCGUCUACACAAACAUUCAGCGCUUUGUGCCCUGGAUCAACAAGGUGAUGGCCAACGAUAAGGCGUAG